AUGUCUCGACAACAAGCUUUGGAGCUUAAAAUUAAAAAAGACAGAGAAAUUUCAUUAGAAGCCAAUCGCCGUAUAGUAAGAUGUGAUCCUGGUAAUGAAAUCGUUAUAUCAGGCUUUUCUGGAUCGUUUCCAAAUUCUGACGGACUCUCAGAUUUCGCUGAAAAGCUUUUCAAUAAAGUUGAUUUAACAUCUAGUAAUGAUAGAAGAUGGAAAUUUAGUAAAAACGAUUUAUUAUCUUUUUUUCAUAGUUGUUCAUUUAUUAUAAUGUACUAAUAAAUACAUUUUAUAACUUUCAUAUAUUUCAGAUCAUCCGGAAAUUCCUCAGCAAACUGGUAAACUGAAUAUAAUUGAUAGGUUUGACGCAGCAUUUUUUGGGAUUCCAUACAAUGAAGCACAUACUAUGGACCCUAUGAGUCGAAUUAUUUUGGAAAAAGCAUAUGAAGCAAUAUUAGACUCUGGUAAUAAAUUUAUAAAUUCAUAAUAGUAUUUAGGGACCUUCGUAUUUAAAAUGUUUAGGUAUUCGAAUAUAAUAUUUCUAAGUAUGAAUUCUAUGCAAUGAUCGAAAGCAUCACAUAUCAAAUAGUAAACAAUUUUUUUUGAAAAAAAUGUUUUUUUAGUCGGUGAGUAAGGAAUUUGUUUUUAGUUAUAUUUGGAUUAAUGUGAACAAAUAUCUCCGGUAAAAAAUAUACUUGGUACAAAAUAUCUCUAGUAAAAAUUAAAUUUGUUCGGUAAAAUAUAUCUCUAAUGGUAAUAUUUCUUAUAAACAAAAUGUCUCCUGAAAGAAAUCUCUUAAAUUUAUAUGAGUUUUUUAAAUUUUAAAUUUUAGAUAGUGAGCAAUCCCUCUUAAGGGAGUAGUUUUGCUCCAAUUUUUAAUGAUAACAAUGUUUCUAAAAGGAAAUACGACUGGGAGGUACUUAUUAUUAAAUAAAAUAUAUAAAGCCUAUUGAAUUAUUUUCUAUAAUAUGGCAUAUAUUUAUAUUGUUGACAAAGCAUCAUUAUCAACUGAACUCCGCUCAGAAUCGUUUUUUCGUAAGCAAUGGUUUAUUGUUGCUUAUAAGUAUACAUUAAAUUACCUAUAAUAGUGGUCUGUGGCUGCACCCGUCCCCAUUAUCAUAGGACGUCUUUUUUUAAUAACAUUUUUGCAGAAUUUUAAUUGAGAAAUUAGAAAGUCCGUUAUUGAAAUUAUUUUUAAAACAAAUUCUUUCCCUAACUAAUUUCAAUUCCGACAUAUAAUAUGAAAAAUAUAAGAGAUUACCUGAGGAAAAAAAUGGCACUGUUUUUUUAUUUUAUUAAUUUACCCAAUAAAAUAAUAAUACAGUCAUAAUUUACUAAUAGUAAUAGUAUUUUAUAAAAAUAAUUUAUUUGUAUUCAUUUGUAUAGGCAGCCAUCAUAAGGAAUUAAGGUAUCGUACUAAAAAAGUGUUGUUUAUGGGCGUGAAUAAUACAUUUUGUUCAUUGUGUGCUAGAAUUAAAGAUGGAGAUAAGCCAAAAGAUUAUAUAUGUUUCAAAAGCUGGAAAACAUCAAAUAGGUCGUUAGGGAUGGAAGCAUCAAUAAUAGUAGAAGGAUUCAAAGAAAGUGAAUAAGUAUUAGGAUUACGAUAUCACAAAUUUAUCGUUACUGUCCCUAGUAACAUGUGUAAACGCAUUUUAGAUUCACGUCCGUAUAAAAAUCUUGCAGUUAUUUCAUCUUGUUAGUUUAUAACAUAAUAAUUAAAACCAGAACAUAAUAAUAAUAUUUAAAUUCCAAUAAACCCAAAAAUAAAUUUGCGAUAACGAUAUAACUUAUCUGUUUUGUUGAUAAUGUGGUGAGGUGCGGUUCACUCAUAUAGAACCGCACUUAUACUAAUGAUCGUUUACGACUAACGCAAGGAUACCACUUAGCGACAACGAGAUUAAAAAUUGCCUAUAUUUUGUUCCUUUCAAUUUUCGCCCUGUGUAUAAAAAUUCUACCAGAAAUGUUGCUCAUAUAUAUGCGUGGCACCGUUUCUGAAAGGGAAUGUUGUUUAGAUGGUACUUUUGGGAGGUCAUUUUUUUGAUUUUUAGAGCGGUUUACAUAAUAUCUGGGAAAAACCAGAAUAAAACGUAAGAAAAAUGUACGAAAAUAAUGCUUUUAUUAUUUUUCAAUUUUGUUUUUUGUUGUAAUUCAGUUAAAAAUAUUCAUAAAGACUUGAAAUUUGAACAGAAAACCCAUAUUGCUUUUCUAGAUGUGGUAAAAUUUUUAAUCUAUGUUUGAGGUAUUUAUAAACAUUUCAAUUUUAAGAAAUUUGUACGUACUAUUUAUUUAGUAGGUACAGUGUGGUAAAAUUGAAAAAUAUGAACAGAAAUGCUUGAAAACUUAACAGAAGGUUCAUUAAGAGUCUUACUACUUUGAAGUAAAAAAAAAAAAAAAACAUUGUGAUUGAUGUAGUAUUUUUUUUAAUAAAAUAAUUAAAUACCAAAUUUUGAUAUUAUUAUUAUUUAGAAAAAUGGUUAAGUCAGAAUAAAGCUUCGGAUAUUAAGCGGAUAUUAUAUGUUAUGUUAAAUAAACCUAUAUUGUCUUCAUAAACAUAUUUGCCAUGAUCUAAUGGUUAUUUAUGCCUAUUAUCAUAAUAGAAGUUCCGAGUUAAAAUCAGUGUCAAACCUAAACAAGGAAAAAACAAAUGCAUUUUGGAAGUACUUAGAGACCCAAGCCAUCGCUCCCUUUGGACUAUCUUAAUCGCAAAAUACCUCUCGAUUAGUUAUGCAAACUUUUCUACCAGAAAUCUUGUUCCGAUGCAUCAAGUGUAGCUUACUUUCUGAAAGAAAAUUGUUUCUCCAUGGUGAUUUAGGGAGGUCAUUUUUUUAUUUUUCAAGUGGCUUUUAUAAUAUCUGUGAAAAAUUGGGAAAAAAUGUCAGAAAAACGAAAAAUGUACAAAAUGUAGGUAUUAGUAAAAAAAUAUUAGGAUUUUUUUUUUUGUCAACAACUUUUCUACUAGCAAUUUCACUCCAAUUCAUAAUAAUAGCACUUUUUAAAAGAAAAUAUGACUGGAGAGGUAGCUUAGAAGAUCAUUUUUUAAUUUUCCCAAGAGUUUUCCCAGCUAAUUUGAAAAACAUGGGAAAACUAGAGAAAACGCAGAAAAAACGGAAAAAUCUGUACAAUAUUAAACAAAUAUUAUUAAAGAAAAUACAUAAUGCCUAUAUUUAAUUAGGUAUUUUAUCAUAAUAUGACAUAUAUAUUGUUGACAAAGCAUCAUUAUCAGAAUCGUUUUUCGUUAGCAAUGGUUUAAGUAACGACUGAUAGGUUUACAUAGGUCAACAAUGGCUGUAUUCGUCCUUAUUAUCCUAGGACGUCUUUUUAAUUUUGUUCACUUUCAGAAAUUGUUUUAAUCGUUCUUAGUAGAUUUUCCAGUUGUCGCUAUCAAUGUUAAACUGCAAUAAACUACCCAAAUAUUACGCCAUCCUUUCAUCUUCGUUGCUAAUAUUAUAAUGUUUGUAGGUAUAAUUAUAAUAUCGCGUAGUUUGGUAUGAAAAGCGUUUAUUAAUGUAGGUAUUACAGAGUAGUACGCUACACAACGUCCGAGUAGGUAGUAGAUACUGCUCUAAUUAAUAAAAUUGCAACAGUUGCUCGGGUCAGCCGCAGUACAUGCGAGUGCCAUAAGGAAAACAUCGAUAACCUAUUUACCUAUUGGAGCUAUCAGUAUUUUAUUUUUUUAAUAUUGCUGAAAUCUAAUUUUUUUUUUUUGGCCCUAAUUUAUUACUGUUGGCCCUACCUAAAAAAAGUGGUACCGCCACUGUAUUAUUAUAUUCAAAAUAAAACAAUAUUAUGCAUUAUCAUGCAAUUCGCAUAUAUUAAACCUUUCAUAUGCAAUGAAAAAUCGUAUAAUACAGAAAUAUACUUUUCAUGACAAAAAAUAGUAAAAUAUGCAAAAAUAUGUAAAACUUUGUAUUUCAGUUCUAUUGACAAUUAUUCAAACUUGUAGCUUAUCCAGCUACCUUUUAGAUUAUAUAAAAAAAAACAUGCAAAUGCAUAUAAAUACGAGCCCUACUCAUAAUAUACAUAAUAAUUACCCAUUUCUUGCUGUGUGGUUGUAAACUUGACGUUUUUUUUUUGUACUCAUUACACCGCAAAAUGCAUUUGUCUAAACCUUUAUUAAAUUAAUAAAUAUACCCGUUAUGUAAUAUUACAUUUUUACCUUUUUGGCUUACAAUAAACUGUUACAAGUAUUCUUAUAUCCGUUUAAACUUUUUAUGAAAUUGGAACUAACGACCUGUAGUCGAUAUGGUUGUAUCGAUAAAAUCGUUUAUCCUGAUUUAUCAUAUUAUGAUUAUCUGCAGGAAAAUGUAUUUAUAUUUUAGUAAUUGACUCAUAGUUUAGUAUACUAGCGUAGGAACUCGUAAUCGUGAUUUCAGAUAUUAGUAUAUUCUAAAAUCAAUGAUAAUACUAUACAACACUAAUACUGUGGUUAGUUAUUACUUAUUAUAUCUUAUGGGAUAUUUCCAUUGAGGAUAUUUAUAUAGAUUUUUUACUAGAGAUAUUUUAUCCGAGAUAUUAUAUAUUUGCAAAGAUAAAAGCUCUAUGAGUAUACAAGCUUUAAUGUGGCAUAUUAGACUCUAAAACAAAUACGUUAUCUAUAGGUACUAUUAUAAUAUACCAGUAUAGUUUAAUAGUGAUACAUUCUUAAUGAUUAUUUAUUGAAUUAUUUUAUAAACAAUCAAUGAUUUUAGGUGUUAUAUAUUCUAGGCAUUGCACCAAAUUCAUUAAAAGGAACAAAAACAGGCGUAUUUGUGGGAAAUUGUUUUGUAGAGUCAGAGAAAACAUGGUUUUAUGAAAAAAUUCAAGUAAAUGGGUUUGGAGUUACAGGAUGCACUCGUGUUAUGCUUGCUAGUAGAAUAUCUUACUGGUUAGGGAUAAAUGGUGAGCUUUUUCUUUAGGUAUAAAUAUUUAAAUUUAAUUUUGUGUAUCAUUAGGUAUAGAGUUAUUAUUAUAAUUGAUGUAACUAAUAUUUUAUUUAUAUAUGUACAAUUCAAAUUAGUUAUUUAUAGAUAUUUUAAAAUCUAUAUAGGUCCUAGUUGUUCUCUGGACUCUGCUUGCUCUUCAAGUAUGUAUGCACUGGAGAAUGCUUAUAAAUCGAUCAUUGAUGGGAAAUGUGACUCCGCGCUCGUUGGAGGUUGUAAUUUGUGUCUUGAUCCAUAUUUAUCAUUACAAUAUUCUCGAUUGGGUGUACUUUCUAUGGAUGGAAAAUGUAAAUCUUUUGACGAAGAAGCUAAUGGAUAUGUUAGAUCAGAAGCAGUUUGCGUUAUUUACUUACAAAGGGCAAAAGACGCUAAACGUGUUUAUGCAAAAGUUGUGCAUGUGAAAACCAAUUUUGAUGGAUACACAGAAAAAGGAAUAUCGUACCCUUCAGGAUCUCAACAACAAAUAUUAUUAAAUGAAUUGUAUGAAGAAUGUGAAAUUAAACCUAGUAGUGUAGCUUGGAUAGAAACACACGGAACCGGAACAAAGGUAUAUAUUAAUAUAAAAUAAUAUGAAGAUAAUAAUAUAUGUAUUUAAUAUUGGUCACUAUAAUAGGUUGGUGAUCCAGAAGAAGUUAAAGCAUUAGAAAAUGUGUUUUGCCCUGGUCGCACAGAACCUUUACUAAUUGGUUCUGUAAAAUCAAACAUUGGCCACUGUGAACCGGCUGCGGGUCUAUGUUCUCUAGCUAAAGUGAUAAUAGCUAUGGAAACUGGAUUUAUACCACCAAAUUUAAAUUUAAAAACUCCGAGAAAAGAUAUAACGGCAUUUUAUAAUGGCCAUAUUAAUGUAGUUACCGAAACGACACCCUGGAAUGGUGGUAUGGUUGGUAUUAAUUCAUUUGGUGUUGGUGGUGCUAAUUGUCAUAUAUUGCUCAAUUGGAAUGAAAAAAGUAAAAUUAAUAACGGACUUCCUGAAGAUGAUUUGCCUAGGUUGGUUGUAACAUCAGGUAGAACUGAAGAAGCUGUUUUUGUAAUACUUAAUGAUGUAAGAUUAUUGAUAUUCCUUAAAUUUUAUAUGCUAGUUGUCCAUGGCAGUGGCACCGAAUUAGUUUUGAAAUGGUUAGGUCAAUAGUAGUCCUAGUUGUCCAAACUCACCUCUACAUAUUUAUGUGUAAACUUUGAGGUCACAUUGUCCUAUAUACCCUUUCUCCCCUUAAUAUAAUAUGUUGAUAUUUAUCAAAAUGUCGUUAUUAAAAAUUGUGUAAUUUUAAUAUGCCAUUGAACACUUUACCGCACUGUCAUGAAUUUAAAAAAUUCUUUUUUUUAAAGGACGUAUUUUUCGACGUUUAUUUUGAUUGGUUUUUCGUCAAAAUUACUACUAACUAAAUUAAAAAAAUGUUUAAAAUAAACUGCCACACUGUUUUAAUAUUUUUCGGUAACUUAUUUUAAAAGGAAUUGAAGAUUAUAAGUCACUAUUAUACAUAAUACAUAAUUGGCGGAACAUUAUAUAACCGUCAAAACAGCGUUUAUUUUGUACCAUAAACUUAGAUUAGAACUGAUACUUGUAUAUUAAACAUAUUAAUAUAGUAUUAUGUUAUAUAUUACUAACGGUGUUAACAAGUUAGUGAAAUUUCAAACAAAUAAUGAAAUAUUGUUAUUAUUGCCUACUAGCUUACUUCUAAUAAUAUUUUAACACACGAAAAAGAUCUAUCCAUCAUACAUUAACCACCACUACCACCACCACCAAUACAACACCAAAACUAGUCUUGACCUGACCUAAAUCCUUAGUUCGGCGCCAUUGUUCCAUGGUUGAAAACAAUAUUAAACAAAAAAAAUAAAAUUGUGUUUUUCUGUGACUCUCUGUUUUCACCCCUGUCGCAGUUAAUCGUUGUUGCUCGAUAAUUUAUUUAUAAUCAUUCAACAAUCUAAAUAAUUCAAUUUUCGUUCCAAAAAUACCAAAAUGUCUAUAUUAGUCACCUUUUAGGGGAUAAAUAUUGGAUAUCCAUUUUUGAGGCGCAUUCGAACCAUCCAUUUCGGUUUGUACACUUUUAAAUCUUUGUGUGUGAUAGAUUUGUUUGUAGGUAUGUUGCGUACAGACAAAUAAAGAAACAAACAAAUGGACACUUUUUGAAUCAUUUUUUGUUUUCAAUAAUGUAUUCUUGCAUGUAGGUACACUGUAUAAAUAUAAUAACCCUGUUUAUUACACAAUCCCAAUUACAAUAGUCUACACAUGAUGAGUGACGACUUUUAGAUAUAUUGGUUGAAAUAAUAUUUGGUAUUACAGUUCUUGUCAAGACCAUUGGAUAAAGAGUAUGUGCGUUUAUUACAUGAUGUUCAAAUAGAAAAUACUACUGGACAUUUUUACAGAGGAUACACUAUUAUAUCAAAAGAUUCAAAAUUAUAUCAUCCCGUGGAUUGCCAAGUAUAUUAUAAUUUUUUUUUAUGGUUUUAUUUUUAUUGUUACUAUAAUCUCAAAUAAAAAAAAAAUUAAAAUAAACUUAAACCCUCCUCAUGUUUGUUUUGCCAAAUAAUUUAUAUAAGGUUCAAAGGUUCAAUUAUUAUUAUACUUUUAUAUAUGAUGCCUAGCCAUACAUUAGAAUAAAGUUAUUGAUUUCUUAGUAAUGAAAUAACAGUAGGUAAUAAAAUAUUAGUUACCUAGUUAUAAAAAAUUUAUGCUCAAAACAUUAAAUAAUUAUUUAAUAGAACGAUAAAUUAGUUAUGAUUGUAUUCAUACAUUUUUAUUCUUUUGUUUUUUAAAAAUUUGGAAAUAGCAAUUUUAUAGAGUUUAUUCUUCUGAAAAUGAAAAAUGUUUAAAGUUCAGAGAAAACUACCUGAAAUUGUGCAACAGGCUGCAAUUGCAUUCUCUAAUUAAUUAAUGUUAUUACAAUUACGAGGCUACACUUUCCUUUUAUCUGAAUUUUAAAAAAAUUAUUAAAAAUUACGAAUUAUAUGAAAAUAAAAAGUAGAUAUAUUAAAAUUUUCAGAACUCUAUAAAAAGGCUAUCUUUAAAUGUUUAUAAAUAAUAAAAUAAAAAGUUUUUUUUAUGGUUUUUUAUCAAGCACACAAACUUAAUUUCAAUAUAAAUACAUAAUAUGUAGACCUUAUCCCUAUGAGAAAUAUUGAAAACCAGAAUUUGUGUAACAUUAUUAUCCUCGGCAUAUAUACUAUACAAUGGGUAUAUCUUCGUGGGACAUUCUGUAUAAUAUGUACAGUGAAAUCAAGACAAAUGUACAUAAUGAUAUGCUCACAACUCAUAUGAUUUAAAAAAUCUAGGUUUUAUUUUUUUGCAGUUAUCCUCUUAAAGUCACAAUGCAGUAAACGGUAAUGAUACCAACAAAAAGUACGUAACAAAAUUGUGUAAUAAUUCUAUAAUAAUAAAAAUAAAAUAAUGCUAAUACAUAAAUAUCUUUCGUUAAUUUAACAUUUAUCAAAUGCUAUAGCCAAUGGUGGUGUAAAAAUUAAGAAAUAUAAUAAUUUGAAAUUUACUUUCAAUUUCUAAUGCACAAUCGAAAUAUGUAAACUUUGAACUAAAUAGUCUGGACUAAAAUUUUAUUGUUUUGACUUUAAAAAGACAACUACUGUUAAAAUUUUUGAUUUCUGUCAAGCUUUUGAUGAGAUAUUUUAUUUUAGAUUCUGAAUGGAACGAGAAAUAUAUUGGUGUUACAAUAAUGUUUCUUUUUUUUUCUUUUAUGCGUACACUUGUUCUACCAGAAAUGUAUAGAGUGUAGUAUCUUUUCUGAAAUUAAAUUGUCUCUAGUUGAUGCAUUCAAUAGGUCAUUUUUUUGAUUUUCAAUAGAUUUUUUAAAGUAAUUGGGAAAAAACCGGAAAAAUAAUUACGGCUUGUUGUGACGUUACAUUUUAAUUUUACGAGUUUUUUACGUAAUUUUUAUUUGGUAAAAUUACGUAUUCAAUUCUAAUAGGUACCAUAUAAAAGUGGAACAAUAAUAGAAAACUUAAAUAGUUAUCAAUCAGUUGUAAGAUUUUUUACGUUUUAAAAAUGGGAUUUGUAGUCAGCUUAAUAUUGAUUUUAUUACACUAUGUAAUAUUUUACUUUUGUAUUAUUGCUUAUUGUAUAAGGAUUCAUAUACUAAUAUUCAAUGAUUUAUACUCGUAGACUAAAACCAAAUGAUCAUAAAUACUAAAGUUUAAACUUUCACUAUACCACUAAACUGUAUAAAAUGAUACCUCAAUGAUAAAUAUUGUGAAAUGUACAAUAACACAGAAUUACAAAUAAACAAAACACGGUACAUGGUUUUGGAAGUUUAAAAUACUACAAUAAUGGUGAUCAAUGAAUUGUUAGUAUUAGUUUAAUUAAUGAUGAUUAUCGCAAUAUACAAAAAAUAAAACAUGACAUUUUCAUAAAAUAUAGGAAACCGUAUAUUUGUCUAGAUUUCGAAAGAAUAGGUGAAAAAAUGGAAAAAUACAAAAUACAAUUUUUUAUUUUUUUUUGUUUUCGGGAAAUAAUUAGUUUAAAAAUAAUAUGUAAUAUUCGAUAUAGGUUUCUGAUUUUAUAGUACUUUCUUAAAAUGUAAAUAUGUAUAAAUGCGUGCAUUGUAUUCAAUUCGUAUUGUAAUUAUUAAAAAAAUAAUUAAAGGAAAAGAAAAACAAAACUAUUAGAAUCUCGAAAACUUCUUUAAAACAUCUCUAAUAUUUUAUAAGGAUUAUUUAUUUUAUUUAUUUAUUUAGUAUUAUUCUGGAGAACCACGUUCUGUAUGUUUUGUGUUUACUGGACUGGGUUCUCAAUGGACUGGAAUGGGCAAAUCACUAAUGAAACUACCUAUUUUUAACGAGUCGAUCCAAAAGAGUAAUAACAUCUUAAAAGAAUUUGGACUCGAUUUAACAAAAAUAAUAACAAACUCUGAUCAUCAAACGUUAAAUAAUACAGUUCAUUCAUUUGUGGGAAUCACAGCCAUGGAAGUAAUUGCGUUUUUAAUAAGUUUUUAGUAAAAAUGUUCAAAACUUAAAAAUUGUUUUUUUAUAUUUUUGAUAUUUAUUUUAGAUCGCCUUAUUUGAUUUAUUGAUUGCUAUUGGAAUUACUCCAGACCUUGUUAUUGGGCUGUCUACCGGAGAACUGGGAUGUGCAUAUGCGGAUGGCUGUUUAACUGCGGAACAAACAUUAAAAGCUGCUUAUUAUUAUGGUUUAGCUGUAGUAAAUUCCAAAUUAUCUUUAGGGGCAAUGGCAUUUGUCAGUAUUGGAUAUAACGAUAUUAAACCCUUACUUCCAGUUAAUGUUGAUGUAGCAUGGCAUAACUCUCAAGAUAGUUGUACCAUAUCUGGUUUAAAAGAAUCUGUUGAACAAUUUGUUUCGCAGUUGAAAUCAAAAGCUAUUUCAACUAAAAUAAUAAAUGUAUUUGAUGUGCCCUACCAUUCAAAACUUAUUGAAAAGGCAUUACCAUCACUGCUGGAAAAUUUGAAAAAAAUUGUGCCACAUCCUAAAUUACGAACAGGAAAGUGGAUUAGUACAUCAGUACCUGAAAAACAAUGGGGAACAGAUAAAGCAAAUUACUGUUCUGCCGAAUAUUUUGUGAAUAAUUUAUUAAAUAGUGUAUUGUUUGAUGAAUCAAUUGGACAUUUACCAAAGGGAUCUGUACUGAUAGAAUUAGCUCCAGAUGGCAUUCUAUGUGAUAUAAUAAAUCAGAAAUUAAAAAAAAAUAUUUACACUGUUGACUUAGUUUCUAAGGAUCACAAAGACGCACUUGGGUAUCUGUUGUCAGCUUUUGGAAAGUGAGAAUCUUUAUGAUUUAUUUACUUUUUCGUAUAUAUUUAUAUACUAGACAUACGUAGUACUUUUAAGUACAGUCCUCAUUUUUUUCACUAUUGUAGGUUCAAAUGAACAAUAUGCCUCCUCGUAGAUUAACUGUUCAAAGAUUUUGCAGAGACAAGUGAUUUGUGAUAUACGAAGGACCUUUUUUUAAUAAUUCAAGCAUCAGAAUUUGUCGACCACUCUUUUUUUUGUUCUCUUAAAUUCUCAACGAAUCCUUCUUCUCUUAUUUUACAUAACUUGACGAUUAUGAAAAAUACACGCAUCAUUAAUACACAUAUUAUAAACUUAAACAGGGCUUGUUGAUCUAUCCUUCUUUUUGUAUGCUUAAUUGAAUUUAUAUUUUUUUAUUUAUAACAUUAGAGUAACAGAAGGUACAUUAUCAGCGUAGAUUGUACAUUGUAGUAGAUAUGCAAAAUAAAAUAUAACAUAAGAUAAUACAAAUAUGAUAUAGUUACAAAGUAAAAUAAAGAUAUUAAAACAAAUCAUCAUCAAAGUCUUCAUUGGGGUUCACAUUGGCAAAUGACUUAAUACGUCUCAGAGUGUCAUAGUUUGUGUUGGACUUAGGGAUAUUUUGAAUAAAUGAUUUAUGUAAAGAAAGUUUAAAAUUUCUUUGGGAUAAUUAGAUGGGGAAAUAAUAUGAUUUGUUAUUAGACGGUGAAAUCAUUUUUAAUUUUAUACCAUUCUACGUUUUUGAAAAGUAAGGAAGUUAGGUAUAUUCAAGAUAAGGGAAUUUCUCACAAAUAGCAAUCGAAUCUCAAAUAUCUGCGAUGGAUCCGCUCAAGUUGAUCAGGACGAGAAACAGUAUUAAUAUCCCAGACUAUAGAUUCGUAUUAUAAAAUAGGACAUAUUAAAAUACAAUAUUUAAAGAUGUUAACGAUUUCGGUGGUUUAAAGUUUUGAGAUAGUUGCAUCAUGAACCCUUUAAACGCUAUACUAGAAGUCAUUGCGAUUUUCGACUUAGAUUAAGGUUUCUAGUUAAUAUAAAACCAAGAUCAACAUUAUUAAUAACGCGUAAAAUCGUACUUAUUAGUUUUACAAUAUUAAAUAGUAUAAUCCCAUUAAUUCUGGGUAUCCUGUACGUAAGCAACAUUUUUCUUUAUUAAAUAAAUCGUUUUUGUUUUAUGCAGAAUAUUUAAAGUUGGUAUCAAUCCAAAAAUUAGUAAACUCUACCCGGACAUUGAAUUUCCAGUAAGUCGAGGAACACCAAUGAUUGCACCUCUAGUACGGUGGGAACAUUCAGAAGAAUGGUACGUGACGAAGUAUAGUGUUACUGACAAAAUAAAUUCAGGCGAGCGAAGUAUUAAAAUUUCGUUAGGUGAAGUUGAAUUCGAAUACAUAUCUGGGCACGUCAUUGAUGGACGAAAUUUAUUCCCGGCAACAGGAUAUCUGGUAAAUAUAAGUACUCGUAUUUAUAUAUAUUAUACACACCUACGUUAUCGUUAAUGGGAAUCAAAAUGACGAUGGUCAAAAUGUUGACAUGUCUAAACAUCGUCGGUCGUAAUGUCGGAAGGUACGAAAUAUUGACACAGUAAAAUGUCGACAAGUACGAAAUAUCGACACAUUGAAAUGUUGACAGGUACAAAAUAUUAACAAAUGUGAAUUAUCGACGGAUUAAAAUGUUGAUAGCUAAAAAAUCGAAAAGUACAAAAUAUCGCCAGAUCAAAAUAUAACUAAAUAUAAUAAAAAUGAUUAAUAUAUAUAUUUUACUCUUAUUGCCAUGUAAUUUUAGCUACGAUAUUAUGAACUAUACAUUAUCAUUUAAAUUACAUUCACUUUGCAUUAUAAUUAACCCAUAAUAAAAUGUAAAAUGAUGCCAUACAGAUAAAAACGAGGAUAUGGAUUUAUUGGUUUUAUGACUUUAUUUUGGAGUUUUUACAUAAAAUUGCAUAUAAUAUGGAAAUAUAAUAAUUAUUAUUAUGUAGGUAGUAGUUUUAUAGUUUUUCAAAUAUAUUAUUUAAGUUGAAAUUUUCGAUUUUUCAGCUGUUAAUAUUUCAUACUACUCGAUGUUUUAACCUGUUUAAAACUUUCAAAAUUUCGUAUCUUUCGAUAUUUCGAACUUUGAAGUUUUGUACCAGAACAUUGUUAAUGUGUAUAUAGUUUGUUAAAUUAUGGGAUUCUUGAUUUUAGAAUUUAUUUUUUAGAUUCUGAGUGGAACGAAAAAUGUAUUGGUUUAUAAUGGUGUUUUUUAUUUUCUGUUAACAAUUUAUCUACCAGCCUAAAACCUAGAAAAACAUGGGAAAACCGGUAAAAAAGUUUAAAAAAAGAAAGAAAAAUAUGGAAUUAUUUUACCAGAAUAUGACAUACUGACCAAACAUCGCCUAGACAGUGGCUGUUUUGAUAAAGUAUCAAGUGGGGGAGCGAUUUUAAUUUUGUUGGGCCCCAUACCCUAUUGACAUAUAUCGAAAAAAGGAAAAAAUUAUUUGUUUAUGGUCCUAUCAUAAAUAAUAUAAUAUUAUCACUAUGUAAUAAUAUCACUUUUAUUGUAGAUUUAGAGUGGAGCAUUGUAGCAUAUGGUUUUACGACUGUUUUAUCGGUGGACAACUUUUUUACCAGUGACCUAGCUCCAAUGUAUACAAUGUAGAAACUUUUCUGAAAGGAAAUUUUGUUGGGGAAAUAUUUUAGGGAGGCCCUUUUUCGAUUUUCCCAAGAGUUUUUCCAAAUAAUGUGAAAUACCGGGAAAAAACAUAGGAAACCCAGAAAAACGUAGGAAAAUCGGUACAAUAUUACAAAAAAUAUAUUAUUUAAGAAGAUACGUGAUGUCUAUUUGAUUAUUUUACCAUAAUAUGACAUACAUAUUUUUGAAAAAGCAUCGUAUCAACUGAACUCUGCUCAGAAUCAUUUAAUUUUUAUCAUUGGUUUGUCGUUGAUUACAGAUAUACAUUAAAUUACCUUUUAAAGUGGCUGUAUUCAUUAUCAUAGUACAGCUUUUUAUUUCUAAAAAUGCAAAUCACAUUCUAAAAUUAAUAAAUUAAUGUAAAAUAUUGGUGAUGGUAAUGGCUAUCGUUGUGGGUGUGUUGUUAGGGAUAGUGAGAUACAUAAAGUUAUUUAAUUCGGUUGUACAUGUUUUAAAAGACUAUAAUAUUUACGAUUAAAAUUGUAUUUUAAAAUUUUUAGAACAUAAAACCUAUCUAUUUUUCAAGCAUUCCUAUUGUAUUUAAUAAUUUAUGUACAGAGUACCGAUCAAAUAAAAAUAAUAUAAAAAACUCUCAAAAUUAAAAUGUUUAUAAAUAGCAAAUAAUAAGUUAAUUUAUGUUUAAAAACCUGAACAAAUUUAGAAAAGCUAAACCUGACUUUUUGAUUAAAAUGUAAAGUUUUUUAUACAUUUUUUUAGCUUAAUUACGUUGAAAAAAAAAAUAUAUUAUAAGAAAAUAAUUAAUUUCGUACUUUCUUCGAAAUUUUCGGUUUCACUCAAUUAUUAAAAAAACUACUAAAAAAAUUAUCAAAAAACGACUUUCUUGGUCACUAGCUAGAUAAAGUUAAUAAAAUAGGUCUCAUGUUGUUGUUCUAUUGAAGCAAUAUUUAAGGUAAAAAACAUAAGCCGUACCAUUUUAAAAUAAUGGAAUCGUUUUGUCGUAAUUUGAAAAAAAUAAUUUUUUUUUUCGUCAUUUUUGUUUUUGCCAAUUAUUAUAGAAAAUACUAUAGAUAUUAAAUGACCGCUAAUUUACACCCACAAGACAAAAUUUCCUUUUAGAAAAAGUACUCUACCCCAUACAUCGGAGCAACAUUUCUUUUUGAAAAGUUGUUUGCAGAUUGAAAUUACCUAACCUAAACCAAUACGCUCCGAAUCUAAAGACCUGAACAUAACUUAUAAUAGGUUGUUUGCAUAGCUGUUAUAGUUCGGACGUUUCGGAGGUGUAGAAUAUAGCGUUAUUACUUAAUAAAGUAGUACAUUUUUUUAAUCAAAAAAGGUAUACGAUCAAAAUUGCUGGUAGAAAAAUUGAUCACAGGGAAAAAAAAGGUCAUAAUAUUUUUUUAAAAAAAACCAUUUUUCGUUCAUUUUCCCGUUAUCGUCAUUAAGAAAACUCCUAAACGAACCGAAAAAUGACUUCCCUAAUGUACUACCCCAAAAACAUUUUCUGAGCAAGAUUUCUGGUCGAAUUUUUGUACACACCUAGCAUAUAAAAAAAAAAAAACAUAUAAUUUUAAUUCAAAUUAUUUUUUUUGUGUCAGAACAAUAGAAAUAUUGUACUCAAUAAAUGAUUAAAAUGAUUAUAUUGUUCUUAAUUUAAUUAGGUAAUGGCAUGGGAAUCAUUGGCCUUAAUGCGCGACGAACUGUUUUAUGAAUUGCCUGUUGUAUUUGAAAAUGUUCGUUUCCAAAGAGCAACUAAUAUCCCUAAGGAUGGUAUAAUUGAACUUAUUGUUAUGGUACAAAAACGUAGUGGUACAUUUGAGGUAGUGGAAAGUGGAGCACCAGUUGUCACUGGCCGUUUAUAUAUUCCUUCCGACGUCAACAAAGAAAUGAUUAACAUGCCUCCACAUCCUUACCAACCUAAUGAUACAGAUUUAAAUAUCAAGGAUGUUUAUAAAGAGUUGAGACUUCGAGGAUAUAAUUAUAAAGGACUGUUCAGAAGUCUAAAUCGUGUAAAUCUUGAUGGUAAGUAAAUUAUCUAAAAAUAAAUAAUACGAAAUACAAUAUCAGUUAUUUUUAAGACAUAUUGCAUUUAUUCUGUUUAGCUACUGUUGGCAAAAUUAGAUGGUUUAAUAACUGGGUAGCAUUUAUGGACAAUAUGUUACAAAUAAGAAUUUUAAGUGAAGAUACACGGUCGCUUUUUGUCCCGACAUCAUUAGAAAGUGUUGUGAUCGAUGUGAGAAAACACUCUUUAUGCUUGCAAGGUCUUCCUGAAGAAAAUCCAGGUAAUUCAUAUUUGUACAUUUUUAAAAAAUCCUAAAUUAAUAUUAUUGAAUUUCAGAGCUCCCUAUUUAUGUAUACCGUGAUAUAGAACUUAUUCAAUCUGGUGGUGUAGAAAUAAAGGGUCUCAAUGCAAACGCGAUUUCUAAAAGAAAACCAUUAGCUGACCCAGUACUUGAAAAAUGUAUGUUUGUACCAUAUGUUAUUGAAAUGGUAAACAAAAAUGAUUAAUUUAAGAUAUUAUUCGUAUAUACUUGUAAAAUUAUAAAAAUUUUAGGGAUAUACUCUCGAAGAUAUAGUGCGAAUUUGUUUGCAUAUAACUAUUGAAAAUAUUAUGGGUAUUAAAGUGAAAACUGUUGAAAUUCUAAACAAAAUAUUUAACCCUGACGUACAAAUUAUUAGUCCCAUAAUUCUUGAUGUCCUAGCUGAUUUACCACUUAUUCAAGUAUGAUAUUAAAAAUUAUUUAUGUGUAAAAAAAUAUAUAAUAAAAUCUAUAUUAAUUUAUUUAUAAUUAGCCUGAAGUAUCUAUUCUAUCUGACGGAAACCAUCCUCAGCUGAAGGAAAUACCAUCUAAUAUAACAGUUGAAGAUAAAAAAUUGUCUUCGGACGAAUCAGUAUUAUUUGUUGUUGGAUCAAACAUUUUAAAAGAUCCUAAAUUAUUGGAACAAGUAUUUUCUACACUUAAACCAGGAGGAUUUUUAUUAUCACGUGAACAAUUAAAUGUGGAAACAUCAUUAAGUUCUGUAGUGGUUUGUCUAGAUGUUUUACUUGAACAAGAAAGAUUGUUACUAGUAAGAAAGGUACAAAAAAAAACUAAUUACUCAUUAAUGAUCUGAAAAAUCAAAAAUGUAAUUCAUAAACAAAAACAAUUUAGCCUUUAGACCAAAAUGUUGUUCCAAUUGUUAUUAAAAUCUCAAGUACAGAGUAUUCAUGGCUACCUGUUUUACAAAAAACUUUACAAGCAGAUGAUGCUUCUGUUAAGCAAAAAGUAAUUCUUAUUGCUGNCAGAGUAUUCAUGGCUACCUGUUUUACAAAAAACUUUACAAGCAUAUGAUGCUUCUGUUAAGCAAAAAGUAAUUCUUAUUGCUGAAAAAGAUCCUACAAAUGGAAUUCUGGGGCUAUUUAAUUGUAUCAGAAAAGAAACUGGUGGUGAUAGAACAAGGUAACUUAGAGAUUGUAUAAAUUAUUGUAUGAACAAUAAACAUACAUAGUUUUAGAAAUAUACAAUUGGUCAUAGUUGUUUAUAGUUAAAUUUCAAAAAUUAUAUUUAAAAAUUAAUAUUUUUACGUAAAUAAUAUAUUAUGCUUAAAAUCAUGAUUUUUUAUGGACAUAGGUACUUAAGAAAUUUAAAGUAAUUAUUGAUUUAACUAUGAUACUAGAUUGGUUUUGAAUAGUAGCCAUAAGUCAAUAUUGCAUAUUGGGUUUUUUUUAAAAACCAAUUUUUUCUGAAUAAAAAUGCCUAAGAAUAUGAAGAAAGUGUUUAAAAAAACUGAAAUACUUCACAUAAUGGGUGGGUUACUGUUGUAGGUGAAUAGUAGGGAAGGUAGGAUAUAGAGGGAGAAUUUAAUGUAUAUCUGUGUGCAAUGAUUAAUCAUUGUUAAUGAAGAACUUAUUUUCGUACAUUUUCCUAUUCUUUCUAAGUUUUUUUUCGGUUUUGCAAAAUUGUUAAAGAAUUGUUGAACUAAACUACAUUCUACAAUGAAUAUCAAACAAAAAAUUUCUUGGUCACCGAGUAGAUUAAAUUUCAACAUAAACACAACUUGUUGUUUUUCAAUUUUAUUGGAACAGUAUUUCUAGUAGACAACUUAAAGCUUAGAAAUUUUAAGUGUAUUAUCACAGCUAGAAAAGGCAAAUAUAAGUUUUAUGUCCAAAUUAAAAAAAAAAAAAUAAAAAUAAAUAUCAUUGUAAAGUCAAUACAUUCCUCGCUUUAUUUGGAAUCUUAAACAGAACAUUGGAAUUUUUUUUAGUUACAAAUUAUUAUUAUUUCAUAUGGAAUUGUAUGAGCAACACAUAUUUUAUUUUACUAACUAGGUAUACAUACUAGGUUUUACUACAUAUAGAAAUAAUUUAUGGUAGUUUAGCAGAAAUAAAUACAUAAAUAAAUAAAUAUAUUAGUAAUAAAGUCAGUAAAAAAUAAAUAAAUAAACAAAUAUUGGUAGGUAUUGUAUAAGAAAAUGUGAUAGUUAUAUUAUAGCAUCCAGGUCUUGUAUCCACAUUUUUAAUUCUUUUUUAACUUGAUGAACAUCAUAUAUGGAACCAGAGAAUGCUCGUAGUGGGCAUUCUUUGAAUGAUAUGACUGGUCGUCUGUAAUGUGUGAUUACAUCACAUUAGUUACAAACUAAUAACAGUUUUAAUUUAAGUUCAUCAAAACUUGUUUAACUAAACUUUGCUCAGAUUCGUCUUAAGUUGGAAAUUAUUUAUGAUUGUGUACAGAUAUAAACUAAAUUACUAAAAUUUCUAUCUUUUGUAACCUAACCUAACCUAACCUUCUCUAACAGUCUACCUAUGGUGCAAAGAAUGUCAGUAUUUUUAAUUUUAUAUUUUAUUUACAAUUAAUUGAAAUUUUGUAAUAUCUAUAUUGAUAAGAUGAUUAGGCAAUUAGCUUUAUAAUAAUUAUAUUUAACCUAAAAUAAUUAAAUUAAAAUUAAUAUUUAAAUUUUUUAAAUAUAUCACACAAUUUUAAAUCAUAAUUUUCAAUGUCAGCACCAAAAAAUAAAAUUAAUCAUUAUUCAUUUAUAAUUAUUAUAUAGGUAAGUAACUAAACAUUUAAUUAUUCUAAGACCAUUUUUUGGAAUACAAAUAACAAUAUAGUUUUUCUUGAUUGAACUGUGUUACUUAUUUAAUAUAUUUGAUCUGUUCAUUUUUAGAUGUGUGUUUAUAAUGGAUGAAUGUGCACCAGCAUUUUCUUUAGACGAACCAUUAUAUAAGAAUCAAUUAAAAAAAGAUUUAGCAUUAAAUGUUUACAAAAAUAAUGUUUGGGGAUCAUAUAGACAUUUACUACUUGAAUCUUCAUUUUUAGUGGAAGCUCAUCAUUGCACAGUUAAUACUUCUAUUCGUGGUGAUUUAUCAUCAUUAAAAUGGUUUUCUGGAAAUAUUGUUCCUUAUUCAGGAAAACCAGACGAAUCAAAAAUAGUCCAUGUUUAUUAUACUGCUUUAAACUUCAGAGAUAUUAUGUUAGCUACAGCUAAACUUGCCCCUGAAGUUGUAGCCAGAGGCCGUAUAAAUCAAGAAAGUUUAAUUGGUUUCGAGUAUGCCGGUCGCCGUGAAAAUGGUGAACGGGUUAUGGGAAUGGUAUCCUCACGAGCUUUAACAACUAUACUUGAAUUAGAUAAAUAUUUAUCAUGGAAAAUACCUGAACAUUGGACAAUAGAAGAUGGAGCAACUGUGCCAGUUGUUUAUGGAACAGUAUGGGAAAUACUUUAAUGUUUGGGUUAAAUUAUUAAAUUUCUGAUUUCUUAAGGUAAUAUACGCUUUGGUUAUCAGUGGUCGAAUGAAACGUGGUGAUUCUGUACUUAUCCAUGCUGGAACUGGUGGAGUUGGUCAAGCUGCUAUAAAUUUAGCACUUUAUUAUGAAUGUGAAGUUUUUACAACAGUUGGAACACCAGAAAAAAGAGAGUUUAUUAAAACUCAUUUUCCACAGGUAUAAAUAUGAAAAAAUAAAGUUUACUAAAAAAUAAUACAUUAUCUUUAGAUUCCUGAAAGUCAUAUUGGAAACUCGAGAGAUACAUCAUUUGAGCAAAUGAUCAUGAUGGAAACUGAAGGAAAAGGAGUAGACAUGGUGCUGAAUUCAUUAGCAGAAGAAAAGCUUUUAGCUUCAGUUAGGUGUUUAGCGAUUGGUGGACGAUUUUUAGAAAUUGGCAAAUUUGAUUUAGCUAACAACAGCAUGUUAGGUAGUAUAAUGCAUGUACUUUGUAAAUACAUUCUUUUAUCAAAAUAUAAUUUAUUUGUUAAGGUAUGGAAGUAUUUUUAAAGGAAAUUAGUUUCCAUGGUGUUAUGUUAGACACUUUGUUUGAUAGUCCAAGAGAAUGGAAGGAGUCAUUAAGUGUUAAAGUACAAGAUGGUAUUGAUUCAGGAGCUGUAAAACCACUAAUACGUACAGUUUUCGAAUGUGAUCAAGUAGAGCAAGCUUUUAGGUAUAUGGCUGCGGGUAAACAUAUUGGUAAAGUACUCAUAAAAGUUCGAAAUGAAGAAGAAGAUAUUAACUCAAAACCAGCACUUAUAACUAAACUGGCUUAUCCUAAAGUGAUGUUUGAUAAAAAUUCAUCUUGUAUUAUUUGUGGUAAUUAUAAUAAGAAAUCUGAAAUAUAUUUCAAUGUACAAAUAUAGUAACAUAUGAACCACAUGGUGUUUACUGAAAAAUGUAUUUAUUUAAAGGUGGUCUUGGUGGUUUUGGUCUUGAACUAGCUGAUUGGAUGGCUUUACGUAAUGCUAGGAAUAUUGUUCUUACAACUAGAACAGGUAUCCGUAAUGGUUAUCAAGCAUUAAGGAAACAUAUAUGGGAAUCUUAUGGGGUUAAAGUAGUUAUUUCAACUGCUGAUAUUACAACUGAAAAUGGAAUAAAACAAUUACUUAAUGAAGCAAAUCAUUUGGGACCAGUUUCUACAAUUUUCAAUCUUGCCGUUGUAAGUAUAAAACAUCAUAUUAAUUAGGUAUACCAUAAUAUGUUAUUAAUUUAACCUAUAUUCCUAAAAUACGAACCAAUUAUGUAAAAAGUAUAUUCUCACUAUGGGUCAUCCAAAUUUUUGGACUAAAUCUAUUUUUUAAGUGAAGAUAAGAUCUUGUUGUAAUCUUAAUUGAUAUAUUUUAUUAAUGUAGACACAUUUAACAUAAUUACUGAUAUUUUAAAUAUUCUUAUUUUCUUAACCAAUUAAAUAUAAUUUUUUUUACAAUUUGUAGAUUGGUUUAAUGAUGAAAUAUUCCUCCACUUUUUUCUAUUCAUAGCAACUUCCUUAAAUUUUUUAAAGCAUCCUUAUUUUAAAUCUAACUUAAUUGAAUCAUAUAAGACUAGCUUGGUUUUCUUCUUUCAGGUUUCUCUUAAAUUUUUUUCUUCAAUGAAAGAUAUUAUUCAUGCAUUAUUUUUUAGGAAGUGUCUUAUCUAUUUUUUUCUUCUCCCUGAUUAUUGACCAUAUUGACUUCCUUUAAUUUAUAUUAUGAUGCACAUCUUUAUUUAUCAAGGAGAUUUUCACUGAAUUUUUACCAAUACCAAAUUUCAAAUUCUUUUAUUUUUCUUCUAACAGUUUUCAGAAUUUUCCAUGUUUCUGCUACAUAAUACAAUGUUACACACUAUAAAAUUGUUUUAUAAGUUUAUAUUAAUGUUUAACAUUUUUGUGGUGAAUGGAUUUUUUUUUGAAGAAGAACAACAACUACUUAGCUUGCACUAUCCUUAGUUUGCUCACCAUCAGUUCUUUGCAUUCAAAUAUUUGCAGACUUUUUUUUAAAUUGAAUUAUACUAAUUUAAUACAAUAAUAAUAUAAAACAUAAUUAGUAAAUCAUGUUGUUGUUCUCAUAGACAUUAAUACUUAUUCUAAGAACUGAAGAGUGGGUACAGUUGAAAACUGAAAUAGAAUGUAUUAGAAUGUGAGAUUAUUUAGAAUAUGAUUAUGAGUCAAUAUCUUUUAAUUGAUGAUAAAGUAUAUUUAUACUUGAUUUAUAACAUUUCUACAACAUAAUUUAAUUGCAUAGUUACUUUUUUGGUGAAUUGUUUAUUUAGGUUUUAAAAGAUGCGUUAUUUGAGAACCAAAAAUAUGAAGAUUUUAUUGCAUCUGCUGGACCAAAAGCUAUUGCUACCGCAUUACUAGAUAAACAUUCUAGAAUAAUGUGUCCAGAGUUAAAACAUUUUGUAAUAUUUUCGAGUGUAAGCUGCGGACGUGGUAAUACCGGCCAAACUAAUUAUGGCAUGUCUAAUUCAGUAAUGGAAAGAAUAUGUGAAAUCCGAAAAUCAGAAGGUUUACCAGCUUUGGCUAUUGAAUGGGGAGCUGUUGGUGAUGUGGGUCUUGUAGCUGACAUGGCUGAAGAAAAUCAAGAAGUAGUCAUUGGUGGUACUUUACAACAAAAAAUAGACAACUGUUUAGAAAUAAUGGAUCAUUNACUAUCCAAUAGUCAGUAG